CCGCCACACUUCCUAUUUUUCCCAGCUCUUACAAAGAGUUACAAUCUCCUAAGUGCCUAUUCAUGCCGUCGUUAUCAGAGCCCAGUUAUCAAGGUGAACUUGUUUGCUCGACGGAUCGCAUGAUUCACACGACCAACCUGGCUUAACUUGGUUCUGGUCGUUGCACCGAAACGUCCAGUUGCCGCUGACCAAGUUAAUAAGCUAAAUAAGGGCGAAAAGGCCGGCGAAAGUUGAGAAUCAGAAAUCAACCACACACAGAUGACGAACAAGGGAGCGUGGCUGCUCCUUCUGCUGGGCACCUUGUGGGCUUCGGUGGCUGCCAGGACAGGACCCGCGCACGAUAAGGUGGUGGUUUGCUACAUUUCCACCUGGGCCAUUUACCGGCCGGAGAAGGGUGCCUAUGGCAUCGACAACUUCGAUCCCAGCCUGUGCACCCAUGUGGUGUAUGCCUUUGCCGGGCUGGACAUCACCCAGGCAGCUAUCAAGUCGUUGGAUCCCUGGCAGGACCUUAAGGAGGAGUACGGCAAGGGUGGCUACGAGAAGCUGACCGGCCUGAAGCGCAGCCAUCCGCAUCUCAAGGUCAGCUUGGCCAUCGGCGGCUGGAACGAGGGCUCGGCUAACUACUCCAAGCUGGUGGCCAACGAUCUGCUGCGUGGCCAGUUCGUCAAGCAGGUGUCCGGCUUCGUGCGCAAGUAUAACUUUGAUGGCCUGGACCUGGACUGGGAGUAUCCAACGCAGAGGCAGGGCAAGCCAGCCGAUCGCGAGAACUUUGUACUGCUGACCAAGGAGCUACGCGAGGAGUUCGACGAGCAUGGCCUGCUGCUGACGUCCGCCAUCGGGGCAUCGAAGAAGGUGAUCGACGAGGCCUAUGACGUUCGCCAGAUCUCGCGGUACCUGGACUUCCUGCACAUCAUGUGCUACGACUAUCAUGGCAGCUGGGAUCACAAGGUGGGAUACAAUGCCCCGCUUUCGGCGCCUGCAGAUGAUCCUUUAAGUGUGAAAUUCUCCAUUGACUACCUGCUUAAGCUUGGCGCUCCGCCCUCGAAACUGGUCCUGGGCCUGCCUUUCUACGGACGCACCUUUAAGACGGUGGCCGAGGGCAACGUGAACGACGCUAGCGAUGGCGUGGGUUUCCGGGGUCCGUACACACGGGAGGACGGCUUUCUGGGCUACAAUGAGAUCUGUCGAACCCUGAGCAACCGUACUUCGGGCUGGACCCAGCAAUGGGAUCCGAGCACCAGCCAGAUGCUAGCGAAGUCCGAGCGAAAUGUCUUCACGCAGGACAUCCAUGUGGUGACCUACGACAGCUCGCGUUCCAUUGCCAACAAGGUGCUCUACGCAAUGUCCAAGCGGCUGGCUGGAGUGAUGGUGUGGUCCGUGGAUACGGAUGACUUCCUCGGCAACUGUGACCUGGAUGAGGACACCUAUGCGGACUUCCAGAAAGUGAAGACAGCGCCGAGGAGACUGAGCCAGAACUAUCCCCUGCUGAGAACGAUUAAUGAGGCCACCGUGCUGGCCGUGGAAGAGCUGGCUCCUCCUGAACCGCAACCGGAUGACUCCGAUAACGAGAUUCCGCACGGCAGCGUUGCGGAUCGGAAGAAUGCCGGCGCUUCUAUGGUCAGCUUGGGUCUGGGAGCUACCGUUGUGUUCAUGCUGCUGCACCGACUGGCCUAAUGAGGAUCGAGGGCACUGCCAUAGUAUUAGGAAUUCAACAUCAGCCUGAUUAUGUAGUCAUUAAAGUCCAAACUGUAAUUGUAAGACAAUAA